AUGCAAGUUGAAGACACAUUCUUCCAUAAUGGGAGGAAUAAGAAAAAGAUCUUGAAGGAUGAGAUUGGAAUACGUUUUGUUUUAAUCAUAUUCCUUCAAUACCUAGAAACUCCCAUUGUCAAAGCCAACAACCGGGACCUCUCCUACAUCCUCCUGGUCUCCCUCUUGCUUUGCUUCUUAUCCUCCUUGUUCUUUAUUGGCCGACCAAGGAAAGCCUCCUGCCUUCUCCGACAAGCAGUCUUCAGCAUUGUCUUCUCAAUAGCUGUGUCUUCUGUGUUGGCCAAAACGAUCACAGUGGUAUUGGCCUUCCUGGCUUCAAAACCAGGAAAUAGGAUGAGAAGGUGGUUGGGGAAGAGCUUGGCCAACUCCAUCAUCCUUUCUGGUUCUGGUGUCCAGGUUGUCAUCUGUGCCUUGUGGCUGGGAAUUUCUCCCCCAUUCCCUGACUCUGACCUCCACUCCCAGCCUGAGGAGAUCAUCCUUCAGUGCAAUGAAGGCUCCAUCACCAUGUUUUAUGUUGUCCUUGGUUAUACGUAUUUCCUAGCCACCAUUUGCUUCACUGCAGCUUUUUUGGCAAGGAACCUGCCUGGGGCCUUCAAUGAAGCUAAGCUGAUCACUUUCAGCAUGCUGGUUUUCUGCAGUGUCUGGGUCUCCUUCCUGCCCGCCUACCUGAGCACCAAAGGAAAGUCUAUGGUAGUCGUGCAGAUCUUCUCCAUCUUGGCCUCCAGUGCUGGGCUGCUGGGCUGCAUCUUCUUUCCCAAAUGCUACAUCCUCCUCCUGAGGCCAGAUCUAAAUACAAAGGAACACCUAAUGACAAAAGUAGAGAAAUAAUAGUGAAACUGUUUUUAGGCUCAUAACAUUUCAUUUUUCAUUGCCGUUUUUAGUGUGCUUGUAUUGUUCCUUUGCAUAAAUUGGACAAUAAAGGUUAUUAAA